GCGACAAUUAGAAGCGUCAACGAGCCAGUGAACAUUAAGCGGAGCAGACCAAAAUCCCAAACAAGGAAAUGGAGUAUUAAUGGGUUAUAAUGGAUUACGACUUCAAAACAAAAUUGGCAGCCGAAAGGGAAAGAGUAGAAGAUCUAUUCGAAUAUGAAGGUUGCAAAGUGGGUCGAGGCACCUAUGGACACGUUUAUAAAGCCAAGCGCAAAGAUGGGAAAGAUGUGAAGGAGUAUGCACUGAAACAGAUUGAAGGGACUGGGAUAUCUAUGUCGGCCUGUCGAGAGAUUGCUUUGCUUCGAGAACUGAAACACCCAAAUGUGAUUGCACUGCAGAAAGUCUUCUUGUCUCACAGCGAUAGAAAAGUCUGGCUGCUCUUUGACUAUGCCGAGCAUGACCUCUGGCACAUCAUCAAGUUUCACCGUGCCUCCAAAGCAAACAAGAAGCCCAUGCAGCUUCCACGAGGGAUGGUAAAGUCUCUGCUCUACCAGAUUCUUGAUGGCAUCCACUACCUCCACGCAAACUGGGUCUUGCAUCGAGAUCUGAAGCCAGCCAACAUCCUGGUGAUGGGGGAGGGUCCAGAACGAGGCAGGGUUAAGAUUGCUGACAUGGGUUUUGCCAGGCUCUUUAAUGCUCCCCUGAAACCCCUGGCUGAUUUGGACCCUGUGGUGGUGACAUUCUGGUACAGGGCCCCAGAGCUUCUACUAGGUGCUCGGCAUUACACCAAAGCCAUAGAUAUCUGGGCCAUUGGCUGUAUCUUCGCUGAGUUGCUGACGUCAGAACCUAUCUUCCAUUGUCGCCAGGAGGACAUUAAGACCAGCAACCCCUUCCACCAUGACCAGCUAGACCGUAUCUUCAGUGUUAUGGGCUUCCCAGCAGAUAAAGACUGGGAGGACAUUCGGAAAAUGCCCGAGUACCCCACCCUGCAGAAAGACUUCAGGAGGACCACGUAUGCGAAUAGCAGCCUCAUUAAAUACAUGGAGAAGCAUAAAGUUAAAGCGGAUAGCAAGGUUUUCCUGCUGCUCCAGAAACUGUUGACUAUGGACCCCACCAAGAGAAUCACAUCAGAGCAGGCACUGCAGGACCCCUACUUCCUGGAAGAGCCUCUGCCCACUACUGAUGUGUUUGCAGGCUGUCAAAUUCCCUACCCAAAACGAGAAUUUUUAAAUGAAGAUGAGCCGGAAGAGAAACCUGAAAAGGCCCAGCACCAGCAGACUACAGCACAGACACAGGUUUUGCCCCCCCAGCAGGCCCCUUCUCAGAGUGCUCAGACCAAUGGCACUGGGGGGACUGCAGUUACUGGCUCGUUGCAACAUGCUCAAGACCAGGGCCUGCCAAACAAGAAGCCACGUAUGGGGCCAACAGGAGCCUCCUCAGGCACUGGGGUGUUACAGUCUGACUAUCAGCACUCCAGUUCACGGCUUGGGUACCAAAGCACUAUACAAAGCUCUGGGCCCCAGAGCAGCAUGUACACAUCUUCGCAGCAGAGCUCCCAGUACCAGACCCAUCGGUACUGAUGAUUCAACAGAACUAAAAGACUGAAUGAGGGCCUACUUCCAACUGCAGCUGUCUUCAUAUGCACAUUAUUUGACAUUGCACCUUUGUCUUAGUAUUUAUUUAUUUUUUUAACUAUUUACGUAGUUAUUGAGGUUUUUAUUUUGUAAAUAUUGUUAUAUAGCAGAUCCAACUAUCACUUCUUUUGCAAUUCCCUUCUUUUAAAGAAGGGGCUUCAACAACCAAAAGAGAGAGUGAAGUAGAGAUUUUGGAAUCUUCAAGAACACAUAAUCCUUACCCUAACACUUAAAGAAGACAUAUUAUGUUUUUGGAACUUAACAAGCUAACAAACUAUAACAUACACAAAUCACCAUUUCACAUUUUGUUAGUUGAAAGCUGUAUUUUCAUUUCCGUGAUUUUAUCUGUGGAAAAAAUGAUAUUUUGUAUAAUUGCAUGUAAGUACCAGUUCAUGGGUAGGAAUAGAGGGAUGUGAAAACACACAUUUUCUCAACACUCAAGCCUCAAAUACACAAACAUCCAGGAAUCAAUCAAAAUACAAAGUGCACUAAGCUAAAUAUGAUGGAAAACCCUUAUGAAUUUAAUUAAAGUUCAUUUUACAUAAUAUGUCUCCUUUAACCAGUUUGUGUCUUAAUUAUGUAUAUGUUAUGAGUUAUUAGUUUACUCAAUUUAAAUGCAUUUAAAUGUUUGAGUAUUUGUCACAGGAACUGGCACAUCUAAUAGUGAUGCUCUGCUUAUGGCUGAUGGAGUAGAGCCAUUGACUGGAGCUCAGCACCAGCCUUUUUCAGGGAUAAGAUCUGCAAAGACCACAGGGUACUGUGGCUCCACCUACUGUUCCAAAGUCAUACUCCUGCCUCAGUAUCAUACAAAAGUAUUAAUUUGUGGAAAGAGUUCAUACUCUAACCAGUGCGGAUUGCAUGUACUGUACUGUGUACAGAAGCAGAUUAUUAAGUACAUUAUGUGGUAUUUAUCAUCUUAAUCCUAAUCGUUGCAAUUCUGGCUCUCGCAUGCAUUUCUGAUAUAUAUAAAAUUGUACAGACACAGACAUAAAGAUGUGAUAACUUUAAAUGCACUGAUGAUGCUCAAAUUAUUUUGUUUUUAUUGCUUAUUGUGUUGCUGUUGUUGAAAUAAAAUAAUAUCAGUACAAUAAAGUAUAAAUCCAUGUAAGUAAAGAGUUACGGCACACCU